AUGGAAAUUGCAGAAGAAAAUAUUGAUAACCAAUUAGUAGAAGAAGAAAAAGAUGAAAAAAUUUGCAAUAGAACCAAAAGUUAUUCAAAAAUCAAUAUUUUAGUCGAUUAUUAUUUGGAACUAAAAGAUACUCUUGGAUCUUUAGAUAAAUAUAUUAUAUGUCAAAAACAUUAUAAUCAA